AUGACCGACCUUACGCCCACACUCAGACGCCUGCUCAAGGAGAAACAUGCCAUCACAACGGCGCGACCAGAACCUCGUCUCCCAUCGUCAGAGACAACAGACGAGUUCCUUAAAGAAGCAUACCGAAUAAACUUCCACAUAACCUCCCUCCUCAGCUACCUACACUCCAUCCGCCCCGCCUACCUCGCCCUCAACCCCAGCACCAGCACCAGCAGCACCUCUCCCUCACAGCCCAACAAACCACUCACCGACCCGGAACGCGACUCCAUCGACUCCUCCACCACCCUGCUCCUGACCACGCUCUCGACCUCCCUCUCCAACCUCUCCACCGCCGAAUCCCUCCGCCAGGAAACAACCACCAACCUCCUCCGCCAAAAACACCAGCCCUCGCCCCUCCGCCGCUGGGCCGCCGGCUCCGCCCUCUCCUCGCACACCGCCCCAGAGGAAGACCAGGCCCGCACCCUGCACACCGUCCACGACACGAUCCUCUGGUUCCUGCGGCGGGGGCUGGAGCGCGCCGUCGCCGCGCACCGGACGCUCGUCGAGCGCCGCCUCGAGCGCGCCCGCGAGAAGGAAAAGAGCGUCCUCUACAAAACCGACACCCGAGCCGGACCAUCGGCGUCGGCGUCGGCGUCGGCGUCGCUGGCCGGCUCGGUCGAGCUCGGCCGUGGCGAUGUCUCCGUGGACGCGGGCGAGGCGGCGGCCAUCGAGGCGGCGCUGUCGCCGGCGCAGCUGCAGCUGUUUGCGGAGGAGAAUGAUUCACUCCUGCGGCAGUAUGAGGAUACGUUAGGGAAAGUACAGAACGCAGAGAAAUCCCUACUUGAAAUCUCCUCGUUGCAGCAGACGCUCGUGUCGCAUCUCUCGACGCAGGAGGAAUAUAUCUCACAGCUGGUGACGGACAGCACGACGACGAGCACGAACGUCGGACAGGGCAAUAAGGAGCUGCGGCGCGCGACGGAGCGGCGGAGUACGGCGCAGGCGGUGUUCUGGGGGACGGUGGGGUUGUGUACGGGGUUGGUGGUGUGGGAUUUGAUUUUCUGA